AUGGCCAGCAGCUCGGAGGAGUGUUCGUCGUCAGGUUCGGCCACGAGUCUGGAUGGACCGUCACCGUACGCGAUACGCCACGAGGAUCGUCCCUACUGGUACCAUUCCGCACCCAACAGCAAAACAACGACCACCACCCCGGUCACGUUCGGAGUGCAUAACGGGGGCGGGCCGGGCAUUCCCCUGGCCGGCGCCACGUCGCCGUUCCUCUCACACCCGCUCAUAAGCCCGAAAUUCGGACGUCGCACGAUAAACGCCUCGUUGAAUGGGUGCAACGCGCUGGGCGGUGGCACUAAACUUCAGCGGGGAUUCAGUGACCCCGUGGUGAGACGAAAACGCUCGCUGUGUAAGUACUUACUAAUUAAUUAUUAUUAA